AUGCCGUCCCAUCUGCGUCCUGAUGCAUCCAAAAACUUUGUCGGCGACUUCACCUUUCACCAUUUUAAUAUGAUACUCUCUGGCGCUUGCACGGGUGUCACUUGCUUGGUGAUCUUCACGGUUAUGGCUCGGCAUGCAACGCACCUAAGUGAUCCACACCAACAGCUCAAAAUUAUGAGAAUUGCUACACUAUUCCCAUUAUAUACGCUCUAUUCAUUUCUUUCAAUAUGCUUUCCCAACGCAUAUGUCUAUAUGGUUGGAUGGACAAAGGUUUUCCAAGGGGUUGCCCUGUAUUGGUUUCUCAUGUUGCUCUGCGAUUUUCUCGCGCCGAACGACCGACACAGAGUUGAGUUCUUUGCAUCUUUGAGCAUUCCAAAGAGAUACGGCAGAACCAAAACAACGAACGGGUUGUUGUGGUUGAAGCAUACCUGGUAUUUAGUUCUGCAGUACCCCAUUGUCACAUUCGUCCUCGCCAUAGUUCAAAGCAUCACGCAAGCACAGGGAAUUUACUGCCUCGAAGGCAAAGGUGCCCAUUUUUCUCACUUAUAUAUCACUGUCAUUGAGAUCCUAUCACUUGCCGUGGCAAUGACAAGUAUCCUCAGGUUCCACAGCAAUCUAAAGUCUUACAUGCAAGAACACAAGCCAAUGAUGAAGCUCUUGGCAUUUAAGAUGGUUGUUGGCCUUGAGUUCUUAGAACAGAUCAUAUUCAUGAUUCUGAACUCCACCGGCACCCUCAAGAUUUCCGAUACCAUGACCUAUGCAGACAUUAUCAUUGGCUUACCUACCCUGAUUAUCUGUCUGCAGGUGGUCCCAUUUGCGCUUUUAUUCUACUAUGCCUAUUCCCUCAAGCCAUACACGACAUUGAACGUCAGACGUGUUGGUGAUUCCCAGCAGUACCUGACUGAAGUCGACAGUGAGACCGGCAGCCCCCACGUAAAGCGCUAUCAGGGUGGUCCCUUGGGAAUUCACGCUUGGCUCGCAUUGUUCAACCCAGUGGAGUUCUUCCGAGACAUCAAAUCGACAUUUAAUAUGUUCCGUGAUACAAAAAUGGAACAGAGCGGAUUAGGAAAAGCCUGA